AUGUUUUUCCUUCUUCGUCCGGAUGAGAUUUUCUUUCCUUUUUCCUUCUUCGUCACUGCCAAACCCGGACCCUUCUUCGUGUCUCUGGAGUUUUCUUUUUCCUUCUUCGUCACUGUUUCUUUCUUUUUUUUCCUUCUUUUUACUAUAAAAAUCUUUUUUUUCUUUUUUUUUCUUUUGUUGGGAGGCUUCUUCGUACUGAUUUCUUUUUUUUCUUCUCGGACGAUUGGGUAUUUCGAUCACUGUUUCUUUCUUUUUCCUUCUUGGAAUAUUUCUUUCUUUUUCCUUCUUCGUCUCGAUGAUCGAAUUUUAAAUAAUCGAGUCACUGUUUCUUCUUCGUUCUUUUUUCGCCCUUUUUUCUUUCUUUUUCCUUCUUCGUCACUGUUUCUUUCUUUUUCCUUCUUCGUCACUGUUUCUUUUUUUUUUUUCCUUCUUCGUCACUGUUUCUUUCUUUUUUUUCCUUCUUCGUCACUGUUUCUUUCUUUUUUUCCUUCUUCGUCACUGUUUCUUUCUUUUUUCCUUCUUCGUCACUGUUUCUUUCUUUUUUUUUCUUCGUCACUGUUUCUUUUCUUUUUUCCUUCUUCGUCAUUGUUUUCUUUUUUUUUCCUUCUUCGUCACUGUUUCUUUUUUUCUUUUUUCCUUCUUCGUCACUUUUCUUUCUUUUUUCCUUCUUCGUCACUGUUUCUUUCUUUUUUCUUCUUCGUCACUGUUUCUUUCUUUUUUUCUUCUUCGUCACUGUUUCUUUCUUUUUUCUUCUUCGUCACUGUUUCUUUCUUUUUUCCUUCUUCGUCACUGUUUCUUUCUUUUUUCUUCUUCGUCACUGUUUCUUUCUUUUUUCUUCUUCGUCACUGUUUCUUUCUUUUUCCUUCUUUUCUGUUUCUUCUUUUUUUCCUUCUUCGUCACUGUUUCUUUUUUUUUUUUUUCUUCUUCGUUUCUUUUUUUUCUUUUGUUUUUUUUUUUUUCCUUCUUCGUCACUGUUUUUCUUUUUCCUUCUUUUUUCCUUCUUCGUCUUUGUUUCUUUCUUUUUUCCUUCUUCGUCCUGUUUUCUUUUCUUUUUCCUUCUUCGUCACUGUUUCUUUCUUUUUUCCUUCUUCGUCACUGUUUCUUUCUUUUUUCCUUCUUCGUCAUUGUUUCUUUCUUUUUUUCUUCUUCGUCACUGUUUCUUUCUUUUUUCUUCUUCGUCACUGUUUCUUUCUUUUUUCCUUCUUCGUCACUGUUUCUUUCUUUUUUCCUUCUUCGUCAUUGUUUCUUUCUUUUUUCCUUCUUCGUCACUGUUUCUUUCUUUUUUCUUCUUCGUCACUGUUUCUUUCUUUUUUCCUUCUUCGUCACUGUUUCUUUCUUUUUCCUUCUUCGUCACUGUUUUUUUUUUUUUCUUCUUCGUCACUGUUUCUUUCUUUUUUCUUCUUCGUCACUGUUUCUUUCUUUUUUCUUCUUCGUCACUGUUUUUUUCUUUUUUCCUUCUUCGUCACUGUUUCUUUCUUUUUUCUUCUUCGUCACUGUUUCUUUCUUUUUUCUUCUUCGUCACUGUUUCUUUCUUUUUUCUUCUUCGUCACUGUUUCUUUCUUUUUUCCUUCUUCGUCAUUGUUUCUUUCUUUUUUCCUUCUUCGUCACUGUUUCUUUCUUUUUUUCUUCUUCGUCACUGUUUCUUUCUUUUUUCCUUCUUCGUCACUGUUUCUUUCUUUUUCCUUCUUCGUCACUGUUUCUUUCUUUUUUUCUUCUUCGUCACUGUUUCUUUCUUUUUUCUUCUUCGUCACUGUUUCUUUUUUUUUUUCCUUCUUCUGUUUCUUUCUUUUUUCCUUCUUCGUCACUGUUUCUUUCUUUUUUUCUUCUUCGUCACUGUUUCUUUCUUUUUUCCUUCUUCGUCACUGUUUCUUUCUUUUUUCCUUCUUCGUCACUGUUUCUUUCUUUUUUCCUUCUUCGUCACUGUUUCUUUUUUUUUUCUUCUUCGUCACUGUUUCUUUCUUUUUUCUUCUUCGUCACUGUUUCUUUCUUUUUUCUUCUUCGUCACUGUUUCUUUCUUUUUUCCUUCUUCGUCACUGUUUCUUUCUUUUUUCCUUCUUCGUCACUGUUUCUUUCUUUUUUCCUUCUUCGUCACUGUUUCUUUCUUUUUUCCUUCUUCGUCACUGUUUCUUUCUUUUUUUCCUUCUUCGUCACUGUUUCUUUCUUUUUUCCUUCUUCGUCACUGUUUCUUUCUUUUUUCCUUCUUCGUCACUGUUUUCUUUCUUUUUUUUCCUUCUUCGUCACUGUUUCUUUCUUUUUUCCUUCUUCGUCACUGUUUCUUUCUUUUUCCUUCUUCGUCACUGUUUUCUUUUUUUCUUUUUUUUUCCUUCUUCGUCACUGUUUCUUUCUUUUUUCCUUCUUCGUCACUGUUUCUUUCUUUUUUCCUUCUUCGUCACUGUUUCUUUCUUUUUUCCUUCUUCGUCACUGUUUCUUUCUUUUUUCCUUCUUCGUCACUGUUUCUUUCUUUUUUCCUUCUUCGUCACUGUUUCUUUCUUUUUCCUUCUUCGUCACUGUUUUUUUUUCUUUUUCCUUCUUCGUCACUGUUUCUUUCUUUUUUCCUUCUUCGUCACUGUUUCUUUCUUUUUCCUUCUUCGUCACUGUUUCUUUUUUUUUUCCUUCUUCGUCACUGUUUUUCUUUUUUCCUUCUUCGUCACUGUUUCUUUCUUUUUUUUUUCCUUCUUCGUCACUGUUUCUUUCUUUUUCCUUCUUCGUCACUGUUUUUUCUUUUUUUUUCUUCUUCGUCACUGUUUCUUUCUUUUUUUCUUCUUCGUCACUGUUUCUUUUUUUUUUCUUCUUCGUCACUGUUUUUUUUUUUUUCCUUCUUCGUCACUGUUUCUUUCUUUUUUUCUUCUUCGUCACUGUUUUUUUUUUUUCUUCGUCACUGUUUUUUUUUUUUCCUUCUUCGUCACUGUUUCUUUCUUUUUCUUCUUCGUCACUGUUUUUUCGUCACUUUUUUUCUUCUUCGUCACUGUUUCUUUCUUUUUUCUUCUUCGUCACUGUUUUUUUUCUUUUUUCUUCUUCGUCACUGUUUCUUUUUUUUUCUUCUUCGUCACUUUUUUUUUCUUUUUCCUUCUUCGUCACUGUUUUUCUUUUUCUUCUUCGUCACUGUUUCUUUCUUUUUCUUCUUCGUCACUGUUUCUUUCUUUUUUCUUCUUCGUCACUGUUUCUUUCUUUUUUCCUUCUUCGUCACUGUUUCUUUCUUUUUCUUCUUCGUCACUGUUUCUUUUCUGUUUUUUCUUCUUCGUCACUGUUUUUUUUUUUUUUUCUUCUUCGUCACUGUUUCUUUCUUUUUUUUCCUUCUUCGUCACUGUUUUUUCUUUUUUUUCUUCUUCGUCACUGUUUCUUUCUUUUUUUUCUUCUUCGUCACUGUUUUUUUUUUUUCCUUCUUCGUCACUGUUUUUUCUUUUUCUUCUUCGUCACUGUUUCUUUCUUUUUUCUUCUUCGUCACUGUUUCUUUCUUUUUUCUUCUUCGUCACUGUUUUUUCUUUCUUUUUUUCUUUUUCUUUUUUUCUUUUCACUGUUUUUUCUUCUUCGUCACUGUUUCUUUCUUUUUUCUUCUUCGUCACUGUUUCUUUCUUUUUUCUUCUUCGUCACUGUUUCUUUCUUUUUUCUUCUUCGUCACUGUUUCUUUCUUUUUUCUUCUUCGUCACUGUUUCUUUCUUUUUUCCUUCUUCGUCACUGUUUCUUUCUUUUUUCUUCUUCGUCACUGUUUCUUUCUUUUUUUCUUCUUCGUCACUGUUUCUUUCUUUUUUCCUUCUUCGUCACUGUUUCUUUCUUUUUUCUUCUUCGUCACUGUUUCUUUCUUUUUUCUUCUUCGUCACUGUUUUUUUCUUUUUUUCUUCGAUCUUACUUCCUCGAUCUCUUCUUUCUUUCUUUCUUUCUUUCUUUCUUUCUUUCUUUCUUUCUUUUCGAUUUUACCUCUGUUUCUUUCUUUCUUUCUUUCUUUCUUUAACACUCUUCUUUCUGUCUUUCUUUUUUACCUUUCUUUUCUUUCUUUCUUUCUUUCUUUCUUUAACACUGUUUCUUUCUGUCUUCUUCGAUUUUACCUCUUCUUUCUUUCUUUCUUUCUUUCUUUCUUUAACACUGUUUCUUUCUGUCUUCUUCGAUUUUACUUCCUCUUUUUUCUUCCUUCCUUAUUACUUUCUCUUUGUCACUGCUUCUUUUAGUUUUCUUCACUCUUGGCUCCUUUUCUUUUUUCGUCACUAUUUCUUUUAUUCUUCUUCGCUUCUGUUUUCCUUUCUUUCUUUCUUUUUUUUCUUUCUUUCUUUCUUUCUUUCUUUCUUUCUUUCUUUCUUCUUCGCCACUUUUAUUCAUAUCUAUCUAUCUAUCUAUCUAUCUAUCUAUCUAUCUAUCUAUCUAUCUAUCUAUCUAUCACAGCCUGUUUCUAUCUAUCUAUCUAUCUAUCUAUCUAUCUAUCUAUCUAUCUAUCUAUCUAUCUAUCUUCAGAUAUGCUUGUGGCUGUAUGUGUUAUAG